UAUCAUACCCUUAAACCUCAAAUAUGCCUCCAAAAAAACUUGGCUCUCACCAGCAUCACUACACAUGUGGUAUUUGCUCAACUAUUAUUAAUGAAAGAAUGGAGCCCAGCAUUCUAUGCUCUGGAUGCCGUACAUGGAUUCACUCAAAAUGCACGGGACUUACCCCUGAUGAAUACAAAAUAUUGGCUAGGAGCAUUAAAAAGGAUGGUGUGAUCUGGAAAUGCGCUACUUGCAAAUUUGAGGUUAGUGUCAUCACCCAAGAAGACCUGAUGUCAGAUGAUGCCGACGACACAGUCACUAUGGACAAACUGGAGCAAUUGUUUAACAAUCAGUUUAACCGUCUAUCUCAGAAACUAGAAGCAAAGAUUGACAGAUUCAAAGCUGCCAUCGAGGACAACAUAGCCGAUCUCAGAAACGAUGCUAACCACAGUCGAAAAUAAACUCACAUCCUACACCGUUAACUCCACGUCUCCCGAGGAAGUAUUUGCUGAGUUCAACGAACGCAAGCGCCGUGAAUCAAACGUCGUAGUGCUCAACGUCAUGGAGUCGAAGAAAGCCUCUGGGAACGACAGGCUUGAUGAAGACAGGACACAGAUAUCUGCCAUCCUGCCACCUAACCUAUCAACUAGCAUCGACAACCUAAAGCUACGCAGGCUUGGUCGCCCCAUAGCUGGACGUUCGCGUCCUUUGCUAAUUGAAACUCCGUCCCCAACUAUUGCCUUAACUAUUCUAAAAUCUAAGCCUCCUACUACAGUUGAUGGAACCCAGAUAGCUUUCAAAUCGGACCUUACUCCUGCUCAACUACUUCAUCUCAAGAACCUGCGCACUCAGUUGGACACAUUAGAGAAAAAUGGUGACACUAAUAAGACUAUUAAAUACAUAAACGGCACCCCUAAAAUAGUCAACAAGAAUUUUCGCUCGCUCAGCAAAGAUCGCAAAACCCUCAGCAAUAAGAGUGUUGUAUCAGAACGUCA